CCUCAUGGAUUUUAAUCAUAUGCAAUAAUUUCCGAGUGUUACAUUUGAUAAUGAAGAUAUACCGAUACAAAAAUGCUGUUCGUUAUAUGAAAUAACCCACAAGACUGUACGAGUAAUAUGCAUACACUGAUCUUGUAUUGUAUUGUAUUCGGCAAGGUAAAAUGUUUUUGAAUAAACAGUGAAUUGUUCAUGUGCAGUGUGUGUUCACAAAUCAACAAAUAAGAGAGAAUGGAAGACGAAACGUCGUUCCUUCUGAAGACAACGUCGAUUCAGAAAACGACUUCUACCAACGUCAGAAACGAGAAGGCGUCAACGGAGCUUCGGCGAGCGCACUUCUGGUUCGUGCCUGUUAUGCUUUUGAUGUAUGUUGCUAUAGGCACCGGAUAUUACGUCAUACAGCAAUGGGUGCAGCGUUUUAUAGUGAUACGCUCCGGAAUGGACACAGGCAACCUGACGAAUACAGUGGGCUGCGAUGAACAAACAAACACUUCCGGUUACGCUGCGUACAGCCGCGUGGAGCAGGACACAGCCCAGUGGGAGAUGUACGUCUCCCUGGCAACAACUGUCCCAGCGUUCUUCGCCUCAACACUGAUUCCCUCUUAUUCGGAUAGCUUUGGUCGAAAAUACCUGUUUAUACUGGGCAUUACCAGCACCACGCUAAGAUUCGGUCUAACUGCAGUGUGCAUUUAUUUCCAGUGGGACCUUAUCUGGAUAGUUGUAGCCGCAUGUGUUGAUGGCAUGACAGGCGGGUUUUACACGAUCAUAUCCGCAUCAAUGUCUUUCAUCGCUGACAUCACACCCUCAGGGAGUAAGCGACUCAAGGCUAUAACCAUGAACGACGGGCUCCUGAUGACUUGUAUUACUUUGUCAGGCAUCGGAUCUGGAUUUUUCAUACAAUACGAAGGGUUUCUACUACCAAUGGUAUCUUGCUGUGGUUUAUGUGCCGUUGCUUUCUUUACAGCAGUCUGUUUCUUGCCUGAAACCCACAUGAAACAUCACCGGACUAAACCGAAGUCAGCUCUGGGCACGUUCAAACGUAUGACUCACAUUUAUACAAAUAGCGCUUUCAAGAAGAGAAGAUCUGCAUACCUGAUUCUGAUCACAGCGUACUUCUUUCAGGAGCUUGUCAGUACACACCGCAGUUCCAUCGAGAUCCUCUACCAGCUGGGUCGGCCGUUCUGCUGGAGCGCCGAGAAGAUCGGACUGUUCUCGGCGGCUCGGCACUUCACGCAGGGCAUCGCCGGUAUGGUGCUAAUUGUGCCGCUCAAGAGCUGCAUGUCGGACAUCACCCUGACCAUUGUCAGCGCGAUCUUCUGCACCGGCUCCUUCGUCCUGGAGGCGUUCGCAAUCACAGACACGGUGUUCUACCUCGUACCAGUGCUGGCCACGCUCGCCUUCCUCGCAGUUCCUCUGCUCAAGAGCCUCUUAUCUAUAAUGACACCGGCUGAUACUCAAGGUUCGCUGUUCGCCAGUAUCGUUCUGGUGCAGAGUGUGUGCGGGGUAAUGGCGGAUUUCCUAUUUACCCAGGUAUAUUCUGCCACUGUCUCGUUUUACAACGGCGCCGUCUUCCUUCUCCUCGCCGCGCUUUCCAUGGUCGUCGUCUUCCUAGUGCUAUUCCACAAAAUAACGCACAAACCAGAACAAGAAGAAACAAUCGUUAUUCUUGAAAAGGGGUCGGACACAAUUUAGUGAAGUUGAGAUUCAUUACACUGGUGUGAAUGUUCUGUUUCUUAACAAAGAAGAUAAUUGUACCCGAGGCCACCUCGGACAGGCCUUCCGCUGUCGCAAACGUACAAUGCUUGUACGCAUCGUGAUAGAACUGUACAUCACUUUGAUGGGGGACAUUUAAUUCAACAUACAUCUUACAGUUCAGUGAUUAUUGAAAUCAGUUUCCAUAAACGCAUGAAUAAUACAGGAGAGUUACGAAUUCAGUAGGGUGUUAUGUUAUUUCAGGCUGCAACUGUAUUUGCAAUUGAGUCUUGAAUGUUACUCAUAUUCUAGUCAGAACAUUAUUGCUACAAUUAGUACUUUUAUACUACUGCUUGUAUUGUGCCUAGUUACCGUAACCUAUUCCUUGUACUUCUGUCAGUAAAUAUGUAUAUAGAUAAAU